CGCUAACCCCGCCCCUCUGCAGAGAGAACGGGAGCUCCAUUCAAACCAAACUCCGCGACCCGCGAUGCGACAGUCGCCGUAGAAGAAAAGAAAAGCGACAAAAACUCGCGACUUACCCCGAAACCAGAGCGGCAGGGCGGACACAGGGACACGCGGAGACCCGGAGACCCGGAGACCACAGCCCCAGGCGGCCGGAACACACUCUCAGUGGAGCAGUCUGCUAGCGGGAGGCUAACGGCUACAGCCCCAACAUGGCGAGCGCCUCGUACCACAUCUCCAACCUUCUGGAGAAAAUGACCUCCAGCGACAAAGACUUCAGGUUCAUGGCGACUAAUGACCUGAUGACGGAGCUACAGAAAGAUUCAAUCAAACUGGACGACGACAGUGAGAGAAAGGUGGUGAGGAUGAUCCUCAAACUGUUGGAAGACAAGAACGGGGAAGUUCAGAACUUGGCUGUCAAAUGCCUCGGGCCUCUGGUCAGUAAAGUGAAGGAGUACCAGGUGGAGACGAUCGUGGACACACUGUGCACCAACAUGCUGUCGGACAAAGAGCAGCUCAGAGACAUUUCCUCCAUCGGACUCAAAACUGUGAUCGGAGAGUUGCCGCCCGCCUCCAGCGGCUCGGCUUUAGCUGCUAGCGUUUGUAAGAAGAUCACGGGUCGGCUGACGAGCGCCAUCGCCAAACAGGAGGACGUCUCCGUCCAGCUGGAGGCGCUGGACAUCAUGGCCGACAUGCUGUGCAGACAGGGCGGCCUGUUGGUGAACUUCCACCCCUCCAUCCUCAGCUGCCUCCUCCCUCAGCUCACCUCCCCCAGGCUGGCGGUCAGAAAGAGGACCAUCAUGGCUCUGGGACACCUGGUCAUGUCCUGCGGGAACCUGGUCUUCAUCGAUCUGAUCGAGCACCUGCUGACGGAGCUGGGGAGGAACGACAACAUGUCCACCACCCGGACCUACAUCCAGUGCACGGCCGCCAUCAGCCGGCAGGCGGGACACCGGAUCGGCGAGUAUCUGGAGAAGAUCAUCCCUCUGGUCGUCAAGUUCUGCAACGUGGACGACGACGAGCUGCGAGAAUAUUGCAUCCAGGCCUUCGAGUCCUUCGUCAGGAGGUGUCCUAAAGAAGUUUACCCCCACGUCCCCACGGUCAUUUCCAUCUGCCUGCGCUACCUGACCUACGACCCCAACUACAACUUUGACGAUGAAGACGAGGACGACAACGCCAUGGACGCCGAGCAGAACGACGAGGACUACCAAGGCAGCGACGACGAGUACAGCGACGACGACGACAUGAGCUGGAAGGUUCGGAGGGCGGCGGCCAAAUGUUUGGACGCCGUCGUUUCGACUCGUCACGAGAUGCUGCCCGAGUUUUAUCGCUCGGUCUCUCCUGCACUCGUCUGUCGCUUCAAGGAGAGGGAGGAGAACGUGAAGGCGGAUGUUUUCCACGCUUACCUGUCGCUGCUGAAACAGACCAGACCGGCUCAGAGCUGGUUGACUGAUCCAGACGCGAUGGAGCAGGGGGAGACGCCGCUAACGAUGCUACAGAGCCAGGUUCCCAUGAUCGUGAAAGCGCUUCACAAGCAGCUGAAGGAGAAAAGUGUCAAAACCCGCCAGUGUUGCUUCAACAUGUUGACGGAGCUGGUGAACGUCCUCCCAGGAGCCCUGACUCAGCACAUCCCCGUGCUAAUACCAGGCAUCAUCUUCUCCCUGAACGACAAGUCGAGCAGCUCCAACCUGAAAAUCGACGCCCUGGCGUGUCUGCACGUCAUCAUGGUCACGCACCCGGCCCACGCCUUCCACGCACACGUCCCCGCCCUCGUCCCGCCCGUGGUGGCGUGCGUGGGAGACCCCUUUUACAAGAUCACCUCCGAGGCGCUGCUCGUCACCCAGCAGCUCGUCAAGGUUAUCCGACCUCUGGACAGCCAAUCGGAGGGCUCGGACAGCUUUGACCCCUCCCCUUACAUCAACGACUUGUUCACCUGCACGAUAAGGCGCCUGAAAGCCGCCGACAUCGACCAGGAAGUGAAGGAACGCGCCAUUUCCUGCAUGGGACAGAUCAUCUGUAACCUCGGUGACCGUCUUCCCACCGAGCUUCCGGGUACGCUGCUCAUCUUUCUGGAGCGACUCAAGAAUGAGAUCACGAGACUGACGACGGUUAAAGCGCUGACGCUAAUCGCCGGCUCCCCGCUGAAAAUCGACCUGCGGCCGAUUCUGCCUGACGCCGUUCCCAUCCUCGCCUCCUUCCUCCGCAAGAACCAGAGGGCGCUGAAGCUCUGCACGCUGGCCGCUCUGGACAUCCUGCUCAGGAACUACAGCUCGGCGGUGACCCCCGUCAUGGUGGACGCCGUCCUGGCCGAGCUGCCGCCGCUGAUCUCAGAGAGCGACAUGCACGUGUCCCAGAUGGCGCUGAGCUUCCUGUCCACGCUGGCGCUCACCCACCCCUCCUCCCUGGGGCAGCUGACCGGGGGCAACAUCCUGCAGCAGCUCAUCGCCCUCGUCAGGUCGCCGCUGCUGCAGGGGGGGGCGCUGGCCGCCAUGCUGGACUUCUACCAGGCCCUGGUUUCCACGGAGACGCCCGGUCUGGGCUACAUGGACCUGCUGAGGAUGCUGACGGGGCCGGUUUACUCGCAGACGGCGGCGCUGCCUCACAAACAGGCCUAUUGCUCCAUCGCCAAGUGUGUGGCCGCCCUCACCAGAGCCUGUCCCAACGAGGGCCCCGCCGUGGUGGGCCAGUUCAUCCAGGAUGUGAAGAACAGCCGGUCCACAGACUCCAUCCGUCUCCUGGCUCUUCUGUCCCUGGGGGAGGUUGGACACCACGUGGACCUGAGCAGCCAGCCCGAGCUGAAGACCGUCAUCCUGGACGCCUUCUCGUCCUCCAGCGAGGAGGUGAAGUCGGCGGCUUCGUACGCGUUGGGCAGCAUCGCGGUGGGAAACCUGCCCGAGUACCUGCCCUUCGUCCUCCAGGAGAUCUCGUCCUCCAAGAGACAGUAUCUGCUGCUGCACUCGCUCAAGGAGAUCAUCAGUUCUGCCUCGGUGUCGGGUCUGAAGCCGUACGUGGAGUCGGUUUGGUCUCUGCUGCUCAAACACUGCGAGUGUCAGGAGGAAGGAACCAGGAACGUCGUGGCCGAGUGUUUGGGGAAACUGACCCUGAUCGACCCGGAGACGCUGCUGCCCCGCCUCAAAGGAUACCUGCUGUCAGGUUCCUCGUACGCCCGGAGCUCCGUGGUGACGGCCGUGAAGUUCACCAUCUCUGACCAACCACAGCCCAUCGACCCCCUGCUGAAGAACUGCAUAGGUGAUUUCCUGAAGACGUUGGAGGACCCGGACCUGAACGUGCGCCGCGUUGCCUUGGUAACGUUUAACUCGGCCGCCCACAAUAAACCGAGUCUGAUCAGGGAACUGCUGGACCUGGUUUUACCACAACUCUACAACGAGACCAAGGUCAGGAAGGAGCUGAUCAGAGAGGUGGAGAUGGGUCCGUUCAAACACACCGUGGACGAUGGUCUGGACCUGAGGAAGGCUGCGUUCGAGUGCAUGUACACUCUGCUGGACAGCUGCCUGGACCGGAUCGACAUCUUCACCUUCCUGAACCACGUGGAGGACGGACUGAAGGACCAUUACGACAUCAAGAUGCUGACGUUCCUGAUGCUGGCCAGACUCUCGUCCUUGUGUCCCAGUGCUGUUCUACAGAGACUGGACCGGCUGGUGGAGCCGCUCAGAGCCACCUGCACCACCAAGGUGAAGGCGAACUCGGUGAAGCAGGAGUUCGAGAAGCAGGACGAGCUGAAGCGGUCGGCGAUGCGAGCCGUCGUCGCGCUGCUGACGAUCCCGGAGGCCGAGAAGUCGCCGCUGAUGUCGGAGUUCCAGUCGCAGAUCUCGUCCAAUCAGGAGCUGGCGGCCAUCUUCGACUCCAUCCAGAGGGACUCCAGCUCCGCCAACAUGGAGUCCAUGGACACUAGCUAAAAAAACAAAAAAAAAAAACGAAAGAAAACAAAAACACACGGACCAAAACAAAGAGUUUAAUUAAAAAAAAUAAUAAUAAUCAAAAAAAAAAAGAAGAAGAAAUAAAUAAAAAUUAAUUCCCAAGAUGCAACACGGCACCACUCCCGCUGCUGGAGCGCUAACCCUGCAGCAUGUUUCCAUGACAACAGGACGCAAAAUACACAAACACACACACACUUGUUGUGACACACUCUCUCCUUGCGUGUGAAAGUCCCAUGAUGCAUUGCACUGACGUCGGCUGAUGGAAAAGAAAGGAGGAAGAAGACGGACAGAAAGAAUAAAUUCCAGAAAAAUAAGUUCCACAUGAGGCUUGGAAGCUCCUCCCACUUCCUGUUUGUUUUUCCAGCGAGGGCAUCUGAUUGGUUGGUCUCCCCGCGCAUCAUCGUUCCUUCUUUUCAUUUCCUUUUUUUUUAUUAUUAUUGUUAUUCGUUUCUUUUCGUAAUUCCAGAAAGUUCGACAGGUACUGAAACCUGAUUGGCCGCUGCUGAGUGACUGACAGUUGGCGCGAUUUGAAAACUGACCAAUGACGGGGGAGAGGAAAAAAAAAUAAAAAUUAAAAAUGAAAGGUGCUCUUUCCCGUCUGAGGCUGUGGUGACCAAUGGGAGAGGGAUCGCUCUGAUGUUGUUGUUUUUUUUUUGCUUUGUUUUUUGCGAAUGAUGUAGGCAACCAAUAGGAGGCUUUGGGGAUGUUGACACAUGGGCGGGGUUUAACUGUUUGUGGACCAAUCAGCAUCCUUGUUUCCUCCCGAGUAAGUAGCCCCUCCCUCUACCUUAGGGAGGGAAGAGGAGGGUUUAUUGGACCAGCCCCUAGACCCCCAAACCGGUUCCAGCUGGUUCAGUCUAGUCAGAAACCGGUUUGAUCUUACUGUGUCCUGCCUGUUUGGUUUAGUUUUAAAAAAUAAAAGAAGAUCUGGUUUAAACCGGUUUAAUCCGGUCCGGUCCGGUCUGGACAAUCCACUGUUGUUUUUCGCCCGAGAAAAAUAAAGAGGUCCAUUUCUGCCUGCCUUCACACUC